AUGGCUAGGGAAGGGGUGGACAUUGUGCGGGAAGGUGGGACAUUGGGAAGCAAUGGCGGCCUGAACGGUGGGGGACGCAGUCGGACCGAUGGGUCCUUCCAGCAGAAGAAUAUAUUUGCUAGUUUGCUCAUUCUGAGUGCGAUUUGUUGCUUCAUCGAGUGCAACGAUGUCAUCACAUCGAAAGGAGAUACUCCAUCAUUGUCAGCAAAAAACACAGUAAUGGCCGUUUUUAGUCCUAUGAUCAAAUCACCCGGCCCAUGCAAAUUUCUGUCCGGCACGCGCAAACAGAACCAUCAGUGCCGGCGCGACAUCGGACUACCGGAAGCAAUCAAGGAAGCGCGCCGUCUGGCGGUAACGCACUGCGAGGAACAGUUUCGAUACGACCGCUGGAACUGCUCGAUAGAAACCAGAGGCAAGCGUAACAUUUUCAAAAAGGUGUAUCGUGAAACGGCAUUUGUACACGCACUCACCGCCGCCGCCAUUACGCACGCGGUCGCACGUGCGUGUGCUGAAGGAAAAAUGACCAAAUGUCAGUGCGCCUCGGAGAGAAAACCCGAGGCUACGAGUCUGGCCUGGCGCUGGGGCGGAUGCAGUGACAAUCUUAAGCACGGCAAGCGUGUCGCGCGGAACUUUCUCGAGCUGCAACCGAAAAAUGGUGAUCCGGUCGCGGAAAUGCUACGACAUGAUAGUGAGGUUGGCAUAAGUGCAAUUACCAGUGCAAUGACGGAUCGUUGCAAAUGUCACGGCGUUUCGGGAUCAUGCUCGAUGAAAACGUGCUGGAGAAGGCUUGGCGACUUUAACACGACUGCGGCACUGCUGAGAACAAAAUACCAUCUUGCCAUACGGAAGAUUCCGGUUAACAAUAAAACUUCACGCCGAUCGGCACCGAGAGACUUCCGCCCAAGGGAAACGAUCUACGAUCAGCUGUACUACUUUGAAACCUCACCCACGUUCUGCUCGGUGACGCGUGGCCGACGAUGUCUGCAUCCGGACAACUGUGCGACACUCUGCUGCGGUCGCGGCUACACCACCAAGGUCAUCAAGACGCUCGAAAAGUGUCGUUGCCGCUUCACGAACGGCCGCUGCUGUCAGGUGGUGUGUGACUACUGCGAAAAGUACGAGGAUCGAUAUUACUGUAAAUAG